AUGAAGUACGUUGUUGUUUCAGGUGGUGUCAUUUCAGGUAUUGGUAAAGGUGUUCUUGCAUCUUCAACUGGUAUGCUAAUGAAAACCCUUGGUUUAAAGGUUACCUCAAUUAAAAUUGACCCUUAUAUGAACAUUGACGCGGGUACUAUGUCACCUCUGGAACAUGGUGAAUGUUUCGUGCUUGACGAUGGUGGUGAGACAGAUUUAGAUUUGGGUAAUUACGAGAGAUACCUUGGUGUUACCUUGACUAAAGACCAUAACAUUACUACUGGUAAGAUAUACUCACAUGUUAUUGCUAAGGAAAGAAAAGGUGACUAUUUAGGCAAGACCGUGCAAAUUGUCCCUCAUUUGACUAACGCUAUUCAAGAUUGGAUUGAGCGCGUUGCCAAAAUUCCUGUAGAUGACACUGGAAUGGAACCAGACGUUUGUAUCAUUGAACUGGGUGGUACUGUCGGUGAUAUCGAAAGUGCUCCUUUUGUGGAAGCGCUAAGACAAUUCCAAUUUAAAGUUGGGAAGGAAAAUUUUGCCCUGAUUCACGUUUCUCUAGUGCCUGUCAUUCAUGGUGAACAAAAAACUAAGCCAACUCAAGCUGCCAUCAAAGGUUUGAGGUCUCUUGGUUUAAUUCCAGAUAUGAUCGCCUGUAGAUGUAGUGAAACUUUGGACAAACCAACAAUAGAUAAGAUUGCCAUGUUUUGUCAUGUUGGACCUGAACAAGUGGUCAACGUCCAUGAUGUUAACUCUACUUAUCACGUCCCAUUGUUGCUGCUAGAACAAAAAAUGAUUGACUACUUACACGCUAGAUUAAAGUUAGAUGAAAUAUCGCUCACUGAAGAGGAAAAACAAAGGGGUUUGGAAUUAUUGUCUAAAUGGAAGGCUACAACAGGUAACUUUGAUGAAUCCAUGGAAACAGUUAAGAUUGCUUUGGUUGGGAAAUACACCAACUUAAAAGAUUCUUACCUGUCGGUGAUAAAAGCAUUGGAACAUUCAUCCAUGAAGUGUCGUCGUAAAUUGGAUAUUAAAUGGGUGGAAGCUACCGAUUUGGAACCUGAAACACAAGAAAGCAACAAAACUAAAUUUCAUGAAGCAUGGAACAUGGUCAGUACCGCGGACGGUAUUUUGAUUCCCGGUGGCUUUGGUGUUAGAGGUACGGAAGGUAUGAUUUUAGCUGCUAGAUGGGCUCGUGAAAAUCACAUCCCAUUCUUAGGAGUUUGUUUGGGUCUGCAAAUUGCCACCAUCGAAUUUACACGGAGUGUGCUUGGAAGAAAAGACAGUCACUCAGCAGAAUUUUAUCCAGACAUUGAUGAAAAGAAUCACGUCGUCGUCUUCAUGCCUGAAAUCGACAAGGAAACUAUGGGUGGUUCGAUGAGACUAGGUUUGCGACCAACAUAUUUUCAAAGCGAGACUGAAUGGAGUCAAAUUAAAAAAUUAUACGGUGAUGCUUCCGAAGUCCACGAAAGACAUCGUCAUCGUUACGAAAUUAACCCAAAAAUAGUAAACGAAUUGGAAGACAAUGGGUUGAUCUUCGUGGGUAAGGAUGACACUGGCAAGCGUUGUGAGAUUUUGGAAUUGAAGAAUCAUCCAUAUUAUAUUGCUACUCAGUAUCACCCAGAGUACACAUCGAAGGUUUUGGAUCCAUCCAAACCAUUUUUGGGUUUAGUUGCUGCUUCCGCUGGUAUUCUUCAAGAUGUCAUUGACGGUAAAUACGAUCUCGAGGCCGGCGAAAAUAAAUUCAACUUUUAA